GUUGAAUACCAUAUUACCAUUCGAACUUGAUGCGCCAGGAAUCAGUUUUAUCGGCCAAUCUCUCUUGUGCAUACUAGGGUUUUAUGCACAAGUGUGAGUGAUGGAGGAUCUAUUGAAGAACCAUUUGUUCGCAGCCCAUGCCAUUGCUGCUGCUGGCUCUGUAACGUUAGGGACUGCUGUCACUCAUCCUUUGGACACUCUUAAAACCCUAAUCCAGGUUGGUGCAGGUUCCGGCAAACCUUUGGUCGCAGCUCAAGUUCUGGGCGGAGUUCGAUCAAUAACAGGGGACUUAGGUUUGUAUUAUGGUUUUGGAUGGUCCACCCUGGGAAGGAUUUCUGGGCUAGCAGCUCGAUUUGGAGUAUAUGAACUUUUGACAGCUUUCUAUAAAGAUGGACGAGAAGACAAUUAUGUCCAUGUCUCUGAGGCCCUUUUGGCAGGCAUUGCAGCUGGUGCCGUGGAAGCUGUCAUGAGCACUCCAUUUGAACUUUUUAAACUUCGUGCACAGGUUACUGCUGCUGUGCAUCUCCCAGCCUCUUCGUCUGUGACAGCUAACCAAGUCAAUACGCCAGUGAUUGCUAGAUUUAUGCAUGGAUGUACUCUUGAUAAGAAGGCAUGGGACCAUACUAUUGAACUUUUGUCCCCUCUAUCUAAGAAGCAUCCCAAUAUGGUGAGUGCUCUGAAAGAGUACCCAUGGAUGCUGACUGGUUCUGGAAGACCACCUGCUGUUUAUGAUGUUAAGAGGCCUUUAAGUAUCAUUUCCUUGGAAGGAUGGAAUGCCUUGUGGAGAGGUCUUCGGCCAUCUGUAGUUAGGGAUUCCAUUUUUUGUGGUGUAUUCUUUUCAGGCUGGCAGUUUUUGCACAUAGGAAUGCUGGAGCAGAAGGCAAUCGAGAUGAAUCCUCCACCCAGGUCUAUUGAAGAAAUUGGUCCUGUGUCUCCUUUAGCUGCUAGUCUUGCAGCUGGAGUUUCUGGCUCAUUAGCUGCUGCUGCUUCUCACUGCUUUGACACUGCCAAAAGUCGAUCACAAUGUACUGUGGUGCCCAAGUAUGUCUCGAUAGAGAGAAAGCUUCUCAGAUGGAAACAGCCAGGAUAUUGGAUUGAGAGAGCUUCAGGGAUCCACCCCUCUGAUAGGAACUACCUGUUCCGAGGGAUUUGGUUGCGGAUGGCCUGCAGUGGACUUGCAUCAUUUGCAAUAGUAGGGAGUUAUUUUUUGUCUGUCGAACAUCUUGUUCCUAGGUGAAUGAAUUAGCAUAAACAUAUUUCAUUUAAAGGCUACAUCCUGGAAAAUGUGCUUCUGGUACUCUUUCCUCUUGAUGUCAAGAAUCAAAACAGCAUAUUAGCAUUUGUCAUUGAGAUUCAUUUUUUUGUACACCAGGUUCUUUAUGUAGUUUAUAUUUGGACCAUUAGGAUUCAACUAUACUCAAAGCAAAAGAAACUUGGAGAUUUUGAAAGUCUGUUGUAUAUUCAACACUAUAACUGUAUGUAGUUCAUUGAUUGGUUGUAAAGGUGCAGAGGCUGAU